GGCAGCGGCGUCGCGGUGGGUCGGGCCUCUGCGCUGGCGCCCUGGCAGGGCCGCCUCAGCCGCCGCCCGCACCACUUCCUCUCUGGAAUGAGCUGGGUCUCCCGCCGCUGCCGCCGCAUCCCGACUGUGGGCCCGCUCCGGGAUCAUGCCCCUGACCGCCUACUGCUACCUGCGUGUCGUGGGCAGGGGCAGCUACGGGGAGGUGGCGCUCGUGAGGCACCGACGGGACGGCAGGCAGUAUGUCAUCAAAAAGCUGAACCUCCGAAAUGCCUCCAGCCGAGAGCGGCAAGCUGCUGAACAGGAAGCUCAGCUCUUGUCUCAGUUGAAACAUCCCAAUAUUGUCACCUACAAGGAGUCGUGGGAGGGAGGGGAUGGUCUGCUGUACAUCGUCGUGGGCUUCUGCGAAGGAGGUGAUCUGUACCGAAAGCUCAAAGAGCAGAAGGGGAGGCUUCUGUCCGAGAGUCAGGUGGUGGAAUGGUUUGUUCAGAUCGCUAUGGCUCUGCAGUAUUUACAUGAAAAACACAUCCUUCACCGAGAUCUAAAAACUCAAAAUGUCUUCCUAACAAGAAAAAACAUCAUCAAAGUGGGUGACCUAGGAAUUGCCCGAGUGCUUGAGAACCACUGUGACAUGGCUAGCACCCUCAUUGGCACACCCUACUACAUGAGCCCUGAAGUGUUCUCAAACAAACCCUACAACUAUAAGUCUGAUGUUUGGGCUCUGGGAUGCUGUGUUUAUGAAAUGGCCACCCUGAAGCAUGCUUUCAAUGCAAAAGACAUGAAUUCUUUAGUUUAUCGGAUUAUUGAAGGAAAGCUGCCACCAAUGCCGAAAGACUACAGCCCAGAGCUGGCAGAAAUAAUAAGAAGCAUGCUGAGCAAAAGGCCCGAAGAAAGACCUUCUGUGAGGAGCAUCCUAAGGCAGCCUUACAUAAAGCGCCAAAUAUCCUUGUUUUUGGAGGCCACGAAGGCAAAAAACUCCAAAAAUAAUAUUAAAAAUGGUGACUCUAAAUCCAAGCCUGUGGCUACAGUGGUUUCUGGAAAGGCUGAAUUAAGUCAUGAAGCCGUUCCCCCUCAACCACACUCUUCUGAGGGCUCCAAGACAUAUGUAAUGGGUGAAGACAAUUAUUUGUCCCAGGAGAAACCCAUAGUCAUUGGCCCCUUGAAGACACCCCCAUGUCUGAAAGGCCACACCUACAAACCAGACAUAAGCAAUACCGCAGAAUCGUUAGCCACGAUCAGUAGGGUGAAUAUUGACGUCUUACCUGCAGAAAGGAGGAACUCAGUGAACAACAGCUUAGUUCAAGAGAAUCAACGAAGACACUUAGAUGCCUCUAAGGAGCUAGAAGGUAAAUGUAUUAUUUCUCAAGUGAAAGAGAGGCUGCAGGAUAACACUAAAUCCAGUGUUCAACCUGGAAACCGAAUUUCCACAUGGUCCAUUGACUAUGUCACUGGAGAAAGGAAUGACCCAGUGAAGCCUCUGCAGCCCCUAAACAAAGACCAAAAUUUAUCAAAGGACCAGUUCCAAGAGACUCCUCCUCGUCUUUUGCCUUCUCUUUCUACUGUUGGAAAAGUGGAUGUCACAUCAACACAAAAAGAUGCUGAAAACCAAAGUAGAGUGGUCACUGGGUCUGUGAGCAGUUCGAGGAACAGUGAGAUAUCAUCAUCAAAGGACCGACCAUUAUCAGCAAGAGAGAGGAGGCGACUAAAGCAGUCACAGGAAGAGAUCUUCCCCUCAGGCCCUUCAGUGAGGAGAGUUUCUCUGAGUCCAGCGGGGCCAGGGAAACCACAAGAGGAAGGCCACCCUACCCCUGCUCAAUGGUUGUCUUCUGACUGCAGCGUUGCUCAGGAAAGGAAACUCACCCAUUGUCUCUCUGAGGAUGAGUUAAGUUCUUCUACAAGUUCAACUGAUAAAUCAAAUGGGGAUUCCAAGGAAGGGAAAGGUCAUACAAAUGAAAUGAGUGACUUGGUACAACUGAUGACACAGACCCUGAAUUUGGACUCUAAAGAGAGCUCUGAAGAUCUCCCGGUACCAGAGCCAGUGUCAGAAUUUAAACUUCAUCGGAAGUAUCGGGACACACUGAUACUUCAUGGGAAAGUUGCAGAGGGGGAGGAGGAACUCCGUUUUAAAGAGCUACCUUCAGCUAUCGUGCCAGGUUCUGAAAAAAUCAGAAGAAUAGUUGAAGUCUUGAGAGCUGAUGUAAUUCGGGGCCUGGGGAUUCAGCUUUUAGAGCAGGUGUAUGAUAUUUUGGAAGAGGAGGAUGAAUUGGAAAGAGAGGUACGUUUGCGGGAGCACAUGGGUGAAAAGUAUGUGACUUACAAUGUGAAAGCUCACCAGUUAAAAUUUUUUGAAGAUAAUGUAAAAUUUUGA